GUGUGUUUUUAUAAUAUAUGAAUAUCUUGGUGUGCAUAUCAAAUCAUUACAUUUGAAUAAUCAAUUUUUAUGUGCAGUCAGGAAUUUAAUUAAUCCAUUUAUCAAACACUAGUUUUCAGCGGUUUAGGUCAUCCCCCAUUGACACCAGAAAGUGACUGAGAGUUAUUGUAUUACUUUGAUUAUUAGUAAGAUAGUUGGUUUGUAUUGUGUGGUCUUUGUCAUACUUGCUACCAUGCACUUGGAUAACCUCUUGUAUUCAAUUCACAAAUAGGGAAAUGAAAUACUUGUACAAGGAAGUAAACCAAUGGGACAUGAUUGGACAGUGUUGAAAUGAAUAUGACGUUAUUUCUGAUGAUUGGUUGGAUAUGGUUCAACUGAUGGUAUAGUUGAAAGGAAAAUAUGCAUAUAAAGAGCACAGAAAGUGUGUUGUUUUCAGGGCUUUGAAGCUUUUUGCUGUUUGGUUGAAUCAUCAUACUCCAGGAAGAAAGCGCUUGCUCUGUCCAGGUCUCCAGACAUCUUCAUCUGUCUCAACCAGCAUGAUGAAACUCAGCAUUCACCUUCUGGUCCUCGUCCUGGGGACGUCCUCGGCAUACACUUAUCAAAAUGUGGCCUUGCGUGGAAAAGCGACACAGUCAGACCGCUAUGAGCACAUGUUUGGAUCUGCCUACAGUGCCAUCGAUGGAAACCGUGACUCUACUUUUGCGGCCGGUUCAUGCACCCACACUGAUGAAGAGACCAGCCCCUGGUGGAGAGUGGACUUGCUGGAGUCGUACAUCGUCACCUCCAUCGCCAUCACCAACAGAGGAGACUGCUGUGAAGACAGGCUCAAUGGGCUGCAGAUCCACAUAGGCAACUCUUUACAUGAAAAUGGUAUAGAAAACCCCAUGGUCGGCACAAUUUCUGAAAUUGGUGCCGCUAAAUUGUUCACUCUCACUUUGGAUGAGCGUGUGGAGGGACGUUAUGUGACUUUGACUCUACCUGGUUCAAAAAAGAUUCUUACACUCUGCGAAGUGGAAGUCUAUGGGUACCGUGCCCCAACUGGAGAGAACCUGGCAAUCCGAGGAAAAGCCUCACAGUCAUCAUUGUAUACAUUUGGCAUAGCAUAUAAUGCCAUAGAUGGAAAUCGCAACAGCAAUUGGGACAAGGGGUCCUGCACUCAUACAAACAAUGACAUCAAUCCCUGGUGGCGACUGGACCUGGGGAAAACCUAUAAAGUGUUUUCUAUUAAGAUAACCAACAGAGAUGUUGAGCCAGAACGACUCGAUGGAGCUGAGAUCCGCAUUGGAGAUUCUCUUGCAAGCAAUGGAAACAACAAUACCAGGUGUGCUGUGAUCACAAGAAUCCCUGCAGGUGAUGUCGCUGAGUUCAAGUGUAAUGGGAUGGACGGUCGCUAUGUUAACAUAGUUAUCCCAGAUAGAGAAGAGUUCCUAACCCUGUGUGAAGUGGAGGUGUAUGGCUCUAUCUUAGAUUAAGUCAGAGGAGGUUCAAAAUGCAUAAAAAUAACAUUUUGCUUUUGCAUAUAAAUAUUAACCGGUUCAAGUUAUGAUUAUAGCUUCAGCUUCAAUAUCGUCAAAAUACUUAAAUGGCAUAUAAUGCAGUAUGUGGAAAAUGCUGUGUAUCAAUUUACAUACUUUUGUUUGCACACUUCUAUGUAGUACACUGUGUACUUUCCUGUGCAGUGCGCAAUUUUCGACAGGUUAGUGUUGUCUCAAAUCAAAUUGCGCACUUACCGGAAAUGAUGAUUAGCGAUGUUCACUGUAGUUAAAAAGUCUUCUUCUGCCAUUUCCAGUUUGAAAAGUGGCCUCCCUCGACUUUUUGAUUAGCAUAUUCUGUUUUAUCGGUGUAUAAAUGAAACUUCAGCCAGUCUACAUCGUGUUCUGUCUACUUUUUAACUUCUCAUACUGUUGUUGAGUUGUAAUUUUUUUUAAAAAUACAAAACUUGUCACUUUACUGUCACUACCUUCUCUGUUGCAUAACACUGUGGAUGUCAUUAUAGCUGAAAUAAAAUAAUUA